CAGCUGCCACUCACUUGACGACUGCUGCACACUCUCCCUCUCUCUGCUGACUACACCUUCACCCGCGGUGUCCACUUGUCCGAUAUCUUCAUGGACAUGCUCCACAUCCCGUGUCUGUAGACCGCCGUGAUAACGACAACCACAAUGGCAACAAAAACUCGGGCUGGCUCGGCAGAAGGCGACCGCACCGCUCUCGGGAACACUCGCUUUGCAUUUUCGCUGCCGCAAUGGAGGGAGGCACGAAGGCUCCCGAUCUCGUCCUGGACCGGUGUGUACGUCAAUGAUGAAGGGCGCGUGGAAAAGCUGGACCUUCAUGGAAAGCAACUAAAAUGCGUGUUUCCUCGACAGCUGUGCGAGAUGGACGCUAUCAAAGAGCUCAUCCUGCACACGAAUCGGAUCUCAGGAACGCUCCCGGCCAAGCUCGGGGAGCUCAGGCAGCUCGAGAAGCUCGAUCUGUGGGACAAUUUCUUAGAAGGAACGAUUCCCAAGACCCUGGCGAAGCUAUCCGCGCUGACAGAGCUCCAUCUCUCGGGGAACUUCCUCACCGGUCCGAUCCCGCGGGAGUUAGGAAAGCUGAGCAACCUCCGCGUGCUGUACCUUCACGGGAACAAGCUUACCGGUGAGAUUCCGCGGUCCCUCGGAGAUCUCAAAAGGCUACAGAAGCUCGUCCUCAUCAACAACCGGCUUACCGGGCCGAUUCCGCCUGAGCUUGGGAACCUAAAGGUUAUCGUGGAGAUUAACCUUGCCAACAACCGCCUCAGUGGACCUAUCCCCGCGGAGCUCGGUCAGCUGAGCAAUCUGACCAAGCUGUACCUUUGGGGGAACAACCUCAGCGGCUCUAUACCCGAGGAGCUUGGCGAGCUGCUUCUGUUGGAGAAGCUUGACGUCGCGCAGAAUGCCCUGCUACUGAGCGGCGGAGGGAUCCCCCUCUCCCUCCGGAACCACCGUAACUUCCGCCGCUUCGUCUUCGCCAUCCCAGAGCACGGGGCCCCCAUCCCCCCCUGGCGCUCGAAACGCUCCCUUAUCCCGGCCCUGCUCUUGGGAUACCUCGACCUCUUCACCGACCUCGCCGCCGUGCUAUCCUACUGGAGGUCCGGGCUUACGCCCUGGUUUGCCAUCGGCGUCGCGUUCAUCGCCGGGCCGGCACUGUGCGCCGGGGCGUACGUGCUGAGGGAGGAGACAGUCGGGAGAGGGAUAGCCGCAGUGACGCAGCUGGGACUGAUUGUAGAGGGCCUGAUCUCGGUAAGGGAGGAGUCGUACUCGCACGCUCUGGUGGCGAUGAGGGUGCUGGAGCCCCUAUUCCAGUCGCUGCCGAUGCUGCUGCUGCAGACCCAUGUGCUGCUGGUGAGCGAGGAGUCCUUGGCGCUACGGGUGGUCUCCGUGGUGGUGUCGAUGCUCUCGCUGGCCUUUGCGAGCACGGGGAUCGUGGCGGAGCAUCCCCUGUCACAGCUACGGUGGUCGAGGGGGGUCAAGUACCCCACCGCGAAGCUCCCGCUCGCUUCGAGCAUGUUCUUCGGAACCGUCCCCUUCGUCGGCAGCGUCUGCGUCCGCAUGGGCUUCCAGCUGCACCCGCAAGACUUCGUCUGGUGGUUUCUCCUCUACCAGGUGAUGGAGAUCAUCAGCAGGGUGUUGUCGCUAGGGGUGAUCGCCAUGCCCCUGGGUUACUACUUCUUCGGCCUGCUGGCGUGGCUGUGGCUGACUCGGACGUUCAUCGCCUGCGUUUCCAUCGGGGACGCGGUGGUUCGCGAGAGGCUGCGGUUCCGCAAGCUGAUCCGCUUCGCCGCCGCUCCGAUCAUGGACAGCGUCAUCGACAGGGUGAAGGCGUACAAGGUGUCGUGUUUCUUGACUUGCGUUGAGACGGCGUGUUUCCUUGCGGUGGGAAACGCGUUGCCGCACGCGGACGAGACGAGGGCGUCCGACCUAGCCCGAAGGGUAUUUUCGGUGAUCUCCCUCCUCGCCAUGUGCGGCAAGAUCGCCCUGGGCACCGCGCUCGUGGUCCCCUUCAAGGCAAAGAUCAGCGAGAAUUUGCCCCCGGCGAAGGGCGAACUGAGGCCGCUGCCCGGGGCCCGCGGCGAAUCAUCCUCCGACGACUCAAUCAGGAAGUCCCGCCGCAACCCGGGGGGCCUAGGCGACGGUACCACCGGCCCCGCUCUCCCCAUCCCGGGCACCGCGGAUGUCAGCAUGGAUUCCAUCAUGGCUGCCGUGGACACCUCUGCAGUGGCGGCAGUCCCUGCUGGUGACGGCGGCGGUCCGGUCGAUGUGGAGACCGGGGGAUGUGGCCAUCGUGGAGUGAGUGUCGGUGACAGCGGGACUAUCGCUGGUACGCUGGCCGUGCAAACUGUGGAAGAUGGGAGGUGGCCAGCGUACAAGUGUGGUGGCGGUGACGGUGAUGGUGAUGGUGAUGGUGACGGUACCGGUGCAGGCAAGGAUACGACUGCAUCCCCUGGGUGCAAAGAGAGUGAAGAUGGGGAGAGAAACGCAUACGUCAGGAGGUCUUGGGCUGCUUCGGCCACAGAAGGGGACGAGAAGCAAGAGGGUGUGGCGCCGUCGCACGAAGUUUGAAGAAUGGCGGUAGGGAUGCUGCUUGGAGAAACCAAGCUCGAUUUUUUGUCCACGCAUCCCGGGAAGUUUUGGAUGGGCAUUUUUUGUUUGCCGUUGACGCGCCACCUAUGAAAAGUCGCACAGCAGCAGCAGUAGAGAAGAAAUCGUUUGUCAUUUGCCGCUUGACCGCUGCAGUGACAAACAUUUUUGUGUACUGGCAAUUGGCAAGCUUCAAGGAGACAUGGAGUGUAGAAUCACUCAACCUUCGAAACUGCUCUCGUUUUGGCCCUCUUUUGGCUUUGCUGGCGAUCUCCGCCUAGCUCCCGUCGGGCUGUAAAUGAAAAUAAUGUAAAUGCAGAUAAUGAUACAUGACAUGAUAGCAACGGAAGUGCUCGGAGAGAUGGAUGGACCUCCGAUUCGAGCGAAUACGAGACCGCCGCAGCAGCCUACUGUUGAAACGGUGUGCAGCCUGUCCUUUGGGCGCGCCCCUCAGUGGCGUCUGAACCGGUUCCUUUUCGCGAAGACACGUUCAGUUAUUUCUGUCGUGUGUGUGUGUGUGUG